AUGGCUGCUUUAUCGCCAGCAGAUCGCGCGGAGGAGGUCAAGAGCCUCCUGAGCGCAGUCGAAGACCUCCUGAUCCCCUUCAUCCGCAGCGCGGAUUUGGACCCUCUCGCCUCCAACAAAUCCCUUUCCCCGAACGACGACAACGAAAAUGGCACAUCGCUAGUCGAGCACAAAAGACCGGAGGAACUGCAGCGGUUGCUCCAGCUGAGCCUGCCGCAGGAAGGCACGGGUCAAGAUGGUCUGGUGGACGUUCUCCGGCAGGUGCUCCGCUACUCGGUCAACACCUGGCACCAGGGGUUCCUCGACAAGCUGUACGCCUCGACCAAUGCGCCCGGCGUCGCGUCGGAGCUCAUCCUCGCGGCCCUCAACACGAACGUCCACGUCUACCAGGUCUCGCCGGCCCUCACGGUCAUCGAGAAGUACACGGGACAGCGUCUGGCGGCGCUGUUCGGGCUCACGGGCCCGCGCGCCGGCGGCAUCUCCGUGCAGGGCGGGUCGGCGUCCAACACGACCUCGAUCGUGAUCGCGCGCAAUAACCUGUACCCGGAGACGAAGCGCGAGGGCAACGGGGGGCACCGGUUCGUGCUGUUCACGAGUGCGCACGGGCACUACAGCAUCGAGAAGGCGGCGCAGAUGCUGGGGCUGGGCAGCAGCGCGGUGUGGGCGGUGCCAGUCGACAAGCAGGGGCGGAUGAUCCCGGCGGAGCUGGAGCGGCUGAUCCAGCAGGCGCUGGCCGAGGGCCGGACCCCGUUCUACGUCAACGCGACGGCCGGCACGACCGUGCUGGGGUCGUUCGACCCGUUCGCCGCGAUCGCAGCCCUCUGCAAGCGAUACAAGCUCUGGCUGCACGUCGACGGCUCGUGGGGGGGCUCCUUCAUCUUCUCGGCGGCGCAGCGCCACAAGCUCGCCGGCGCCGAGCUCGCCGACAGCAUCGCCAUCAACCCGCACAAGAUGCUGGGCGUCCCCGUCACCUGCUCCUUCCUUCUGGCCGCCGACCUCCGCCGCUUCCACCGCGCCAACACCCUCCCCGCCGGCUACCUCUUCCACAACCCGGACACGACGGCCGAGUCGUCGGAAAGUUCCUCGGAGGAAGAAGAAGAAGCGGAAAUAGACUCCCCCGAGGUCUGGGACCUGGCCGACCUGACCCUGCAGUGCGGCCGCCGCGCCGACUCCCUCAAGCUCUUCCUGGGCUGGACUUACUACGGCUCUGCCGGCUACGAGCGCCAGAUCGACUCCGCCUGCGCCGUCGCCGCCCACCUCGCCACCCUGGUCCAGCACAACCACAACUUCAUUCUCGUCAGCGAGAACCCCACCCCGUGCCUGCAGGUCUGCUUCUACUACGCGCCCCAGCGGCAGAUGGUCUACCCGCGCGCGCCGGCGACGACGACGACGACGGCUGAAGCCGAGGCCGAGAGGGCCAAGGCCAACAGCAAGGUCACGGAGCAGGUGACGCAUGCGAUCGUCCACAAAGGGUUCAUGGUCGACUUCGCCCCGCCCAGUGGCGAUGAGGAUGCCGUCGGUGACGGCAAGUUCUUCCGCUGCGUGGUCAACGUGCAGACCACGAAGGAGACGGUCGAGGCGCUGCUCAGGGCCAUUGAGGAGGUCGGCCCCGCCAUUGUCGAGAAGUUGAAGGCCCAGGGUCGCUAG